ACGAAUAGAACAAUGUUUUCUGAACCAUAAAUUACUUUGGAAUAGGUUCGUGAACUUCCCAACAUGGGGGGUCUAAAAGUGUUCUGGUCCUGCCUAGGACUUGUCUUAAUUUCAUCCUGCUACGUCAGCGCUUGCGACGAGAAAGGACUAUGUUUGCUGGAAGUAUUGAAGGAAAUGAAAGAAUGCAAGAAAGCAGAGUUGGCUUCGUUACUGAAGCCACUUCUUGCAACUAAAUUGCUCGAAAAAGAAAAGAAGGGAUGUUGUAAGGAGCUGCCACUGCCACCUCCUCCUACAAUCAUGCUGAUGCCUGCGCCGCCACCACCAUGCGCUGCUCCUGCCCCACCGUGUGCCCCAGCCCUGCCACCGAUACUGCUGGCGCCCCCGCCACCUGCGCCACCCUGUCUACCACCACCUGCCCCAGCUCCACUCUGUCUGCCUGCUCCUCCUCCAGCCCCGAUAUACCUACCAGCGCCUCCACCAGCUUGCUUACCAGCACCUCCUGCACCACUGGUUCUGCCAGCACCACCACCGUCACUGAUGUUGCCGCCCCCACCCCCACCACCAGCGCCCCUUUAUCUUCCAGCUCCUCCGCCAGCCCCUCUCUACCUGCCUCCUGCUCCAGCGGCAGCUCCCGCCCCUGCUCCUCUGGUUAUAUCGCUGGUUCCACCGCCGCCUCCUCCUCCCCCACCAUCCUGUCUUCCUCCCCCUCCUCCCCCACCCCCAGGAUAUCCAAUGACGGCCUACAUGGUGGCCCCACCGGUACCCAUUACCUUGGAGCCAAAACCGCUGGAAUUACCUCCCUGCCCAUGUGCCUACAAGAAAUAUUUUUAAUUUGUUCACAAUAGUAUUUUAGUUUAGUUUUUAUUUAUUUCACGUUCACAUAAAUAAAUACACUG